AUGGUUCUACAGGAACUGUCCGAAUCAACAGAUUGCCAAAAGGACUGCCCUCUUUCAUCAAAAAAAGAUAUGCAAAAUGAAUCUCGAGGAAGCUUUCAAUGUAAAAUAGAAAAAGAAGAUGGCAUAUUUGUCGCUCGCUGGAAAGACAAUAGUGUUGUUACAGUCGCAUCGACAUCAUAUGGUAUUGAGCCUAUUGCUAGUGUGAAGCGCUUCUCUCAGUCAGAAAAGAAAUAUCUCCACAUUCAACAACCCUUUGUGAUAAAACAGUAUAAUCACCACAUGGGAGGGACGGACCUUAUGGAUGAGGACAUAAGCACCCACAGAAUUGGGAUCAGGGGAAAGAAGUGGUGGUGGCCUUUGUUUACAUGGCUUAUAGAUCUGGGCACCACUAAUGCUUGGCGACUUCUCAGAUUGUCAGGGAACAAAUGA